CGCAUGUGGCCGCCGUGCCGUGCAGUGCCGUGCCAGGUUGGGCCGGAGCAUGUGCAGCUGCAGCAGGCACCUGGCAGAGAGCCGCAGCGCCGGGGAUGUGAACUAGGAGGGGAGAAAGGCCCUUGACUCAUCAGAUAAAUCCAGCCCCGCACGGCGAGCGAAGGCGGAGGAGGCGGCGGCGCUGCUGCUGCUGCGGCUGCUGCGAGCAGGGGAGGAGGAGUAGGAUGGCGGGGGAUAGCGAGCAGCGCCUGGAGGAGCACGGGCAGCCCAGCGGCGGCGAGCCCUUCCUCAUCGGGGUCAGCGGCGGCACGGCGAGCGGCAAGUCUUCAGUAUGCUCCAAGAUCGUCCAGCUGCUGGGCCAGAAUGAGGUGGACUACCGCCAGAAGCAGGUGGUGAUUGUGAGCCAAGACAGCUUCUACCGGGUCCUCACCUCAGAGCAGAAGUCCAAAGCACUCAAAGGCCAGUUCAAUUUUGACCACCCAGAUGCCUUUGACAACGAGCUGAUCGUCAAAACGCUCAGAGAGAUCACGGAAGGGAAGACGGUCCAGAUUCCUGUCUAUGACUUUGUCUCCCACUCCAGGAAAGAGGAGACGGUGACUGUGUACCCUGCUGACGUGGUGCUCUUUGAAGGCAUCCUGGCCUUCUACAGCCAGGAGGUGCGGGACCUCUUCCGCAUGAAGCUCUUCGUGGACACGGAUGCAGACACGCGGCUGUCCCGCAGAGUGCUACGAGACAUCAGCGAGCGAGGCAGGGACCUGGAGCAGAUCUUGUCUCAGUACAUCACCUUUGUCAAGCCUGCCUUUGAGGAGUUCUGUUUGCCAACCAAGAAGUACGCUGAUGUGAUCAUUCCCAGGGGAGCAGAUAAUGAAGUGGCCAUAAACCUGAUAGUGCAGCACAUCCAGGACAUUCUCAACGGAGGGCUCAGCAAACGCCAGAGCAACGGCUACCUGAACGGCUACACCCCUCCGCGCCAGCGGCAGCCCUCAGAGUCCAGCAGCCGGCCCCACUGACCCGGGCGGCGCCAGGCGGGCGGCGGCGCUGCCGCUGCCCCUCUGUACAUACUGUCCGUUCAUUCCCCUUCUCUAUUUAAGAAACCCAGACGGAGACGAAUGCCUUUACUUUUGUAUGUUGGAAAUGCCGAAGGAAGCAGCCGGCUGCUCGGGAGCCCGGACCGCCCGCGGCGCCCGGCCUCGCUCCGUACCCGCUCCAGCACGGAACCGGCCAUAAACCUCUCUAAAUACAGAGCUGCUCUAUUUUUGUGUACAUGCAGAAUAACGUAAAGUUCAUUGCCACAA